AUUAAUUAUUAAGCUGUCACGUAAGUUAAAUUGUCAUCUUAAUUAAGUGACACAUAAACAUGAUCUUUUUUUAAUUAGUACAAACUUAAGGUUACAACUUUUUAAAUGAUCAUCAAUUAAUAUAUAGUGGAUAUAAGUUUGAAGUUUCACAUAAUUGAAGAGUUAGCUGUAAGUUUUGUAAUUGCAGGAUUAGUAGAAGUUGAAAUUUUCAAGUUUAGAAAUACAUCAUCUUUAAUCAAACCAUCACAAUAUAAAUAGUUCAAUAAUCAAGUUUAGAUAUUUUUUUGAGCUAAUUAACUCAAUAUACUUAUAAGAGUGGGAUACCAUACAAAUGGGGAAAAAUGGUAGUGAUGGGGGGAAGAAAAAUGGAGGAAUUUAGGAUAUGUAUUGCAAAUAGGGUAUCUUUGGGGUGUAUGGAGUACAAUUGCUUUAUUUUUUUCACCAAAGUAUCAUGGUACCUAUUUUGAUUCAUUUGGAGUAGAUAGUAAUUUGGAGAUUUCUUUAUGGUUUGUCCACUAUAAUUAAUAACUCGCUAGGAAAAACACAAUAUAUAUAGAUAUCCUCAAAAAAAUAAAAAUAAAAAUAAAAUAAAAAACAUUCUUAGAUAAAUUAAACUAAAGUAUAAAAAGAAGAUUUUUUUUUUUGAAAAAUAGAAAUCCAAAUCUAAUUAUAAAAAAAGGUUAAAAUAUAAUUUUCUAUUUCUGUAAUUUUAUAACUAUUAUAAAUAUAAAUAAAUUAGUAGCAACUAUUAAAUGUAAUAACUAUUUCGAAAAUCUAUCACCAAUGUCCAGAAUUUCUGGAAAACAAUGUACAUUGACAAGUGGUAAAUGAAAUUUUUAGCCGGCAUGAAAGAAAAAAAAAACUAAUCUGAAAAUCUCAUCUUUCCAUAUUUGUUUUUGUAAUCUCUUCUUUCCAAAAUGCACAUCAUAAAUUAUAGAAACCGUAUGCAAAAUAUAGAAACAAGGAUUUUAAUUUAAUUUAUAAAAGAUUUUCGGCCUUUAUAAAAUAACAAAAUAUUUUGUUAAGUAACGUUUCACCAUAAAAAGCUGCUAAAGUUUCUAACUUCCAGUUAGUUCAUCAGCACAAACUUAAAUGAAAGAUCCUCCUCCCCUUUCCUCCUUCUCCAUCAUCAACACCAAUUCUCAAGAAUGAUGAAUAAACCAUAAAUCUUUCCUUCAGAUGGGAAAAUUCAUCAGAAUCACCGCGUCUCCGCCUCUCUAUGUCCGAUCAAAGCUCCUCUGUUUCUCACUUCUCUACUUCUUCACCACACUUUCUCUGUUCCUCUACGUCUCUCUCUCAAGAAACCAAUGCGUCUUUCGAUAUUCACCUUUCGAUCCGAUCCAAACAAAUAUCUUCUCUUAUCCUUCUUCUUACGGUGAACACAAAUACGCUCUUCCCACCCACAGAUCUUCUUGCUCUUCCCCUGUUUUCUUCUCAGAUUACUGGACAGUGUUGAAUGAGAUACAGAGCAUAUGCAGCGACUCAUCAUCGUCGGAGAAGUUGAGAUACAUUAAUGGAAAUAGCGAAACUUUCGGUGGAAACUUCAGUACCCAGAAGAGAUUUUCUUAUUUCAAUCAUUCGGACAAUGACGUUGAAGUUCCAUGUGGUUUCUUUAGAGACUUUCCAGUCAGCGACUCCGAUAGAGCUGAGAUGGAGAAAUGUGGACUAGUAGUUGCAUCAGCCAUUUUUAACGACCAUGACAAAAUCAGACAACCAGUCGGACUUGGAGUUAAAACCCUAGAAACCGUUUGUUUCUAUAUGUUCAUUGACGACAAAACACUAAACUCUCUCUUUCACCACAAUGUCAUCCCUAAAAACAAUCCAAGAGAUUACAGAGUCGGCGUAUGGAGAAUCAUCAAAAUCUCAAAAUCCGAAAAUUUAUACCUCAAUCCGGCUAUGAACGGUGUUAUACCAAAGUAUCUUAUACAUAGACUGUUUCCAAACUCACAGUUCAGUAUUUGGAUUGACGCCAAAAUCCAGCUCAUGAUCGAUCCGCUUCUUCUAAUUCAUUCUUUGGUAGUAGUGCCUGAUGUUGAUAUGGCGAUAUCUAAGCAUCCUUUUUUUGUAAAUACGAUGGAGGAGGCUAUGGCUACGGCGAGGUGGAAUAAAUGGGGAGAUAUCGAUGGGCUAAGGAUGCAGAUGGAGACUUAUUGUGAGCAUGGUUUGAAGCCUUGGAAUUCUCAUAAAAUGCCAUAUCCCACAGAUGUACCAGACAGUGCGUUGAUACUGAGAAAACACGGAAUAAGAAGCGACCUAUUCUCGUGCUGCAUGUUCAACGAGUUAGAAGCGUUUAACCCGAGAGACCAGUUGGCCUUUGCGUUUGUGAGGGAUCACGUAAACCCAAUGGUGAAAAUGAACAUGUUUGAGGUUGAAGUUUUUGAACAAAUAGUUGUUGAAUACAGACACAAUCUCAAGAAGAUUGAGACAUCUUCGUACGAGGAACAAGAAGAAGAACAGAAACAAAAAUCGUUACGGAUAAUACAGAAGAAACGAAGAUGGUUAGAUUAUGGAUCUUGGUCUCUCAACGGUAGUAGUUGUAAGAGUUAUCUCAUGGAGAUGUGGGAUGAUCACCAUUGAUUACUUUUUUCUAUUGAGCUAGUAUUUUAAGUUGUUAAUAUUUAUUUUCACUACUAUAGGUUCAACGUUCAGGUUUUUUCUUCAUUACUAACAUUUUAAAAUAGUUCUAGUCAAUAUUAUGA